AUGCAGCCCUCUCAGGCUGGUCAAUUGCCACCUCCGACGAAUGACGAUAUCUACCAUGAUCAUUUCCUCGACAACACCCACGACUUCCAUGCCGCCCUCAAUGAUCGGUAUAUUGCGGGCGCAUCUCUGCAACCUGGUGAUGGCCACGAUGGACUCGGAUAUCGUACUGAUGGUCUCGUGAUGCAGCAGCGACCACCCUCUGAGCUUGGCUUUGGCCGAGGUCAGCCCACGCUGCCCAACAACGAGUCGGACUCUGAGUUUUUCUCGGGGCUUGAGAACGACUCUCACAAUUUGCUCUUCGGUAGUACCAUGUACCCACCCCACUAUCGUAGUCAUGUCAUGGCGCCCGCCUCUGAUGGUGCUGUGCACCAUCAACUCCAGCCAGACUCGGAGGCUGGGCCCAUAUACUUUGAGUCAACGGCCGUGGCUGCACCCUCAAAUCAUCCUUACUCGGCUUCGGGGCCACCCUCUCUUCAUCACCUUCCUAACCAUCUCAGUUCCUUCUUUCAAGGAUACUCUCAACCAUCGCUGACGAAGAACGAGGACGCCCUUUUACCACCAGGAAACCAGGAAUACCCUCCUCGGGAGGUGAUAUUCAGCGCGCAGGAUACCUAUCCGCCGCCAAAAAAGUCUAGAACGAGAGGAGUGAGCGGUUCAGGUUCGCAGUCCCAGGUGUCAGAGUUGCUGCCAUCAAUGGCAGCUCCCCCUCAACCUACCACUACAUCCGUGACCCAACCUAGUAUGUCGGAGCUUCCAUACGACAUAACCAAUACUCGACACAUGCGAAUCGUUGCGUCCGCUAGGACAAAAAUUUUGGACUAUGCGGUGAACGAGCUCUCUUUACCGACGGGGACGGAUAGGGAGCAGGUAGUUAAACUGCAGUUGGAAAUUUCUGCAACAGCAGAAUAUAAUCAAGAGGCGUUCGGGAAAAAAUGGGCCGCUUCGAAUUGGAAGACGUUAUACCUGUCGCUGUCGGAGCCCUGCAGGUUUAUCAUGCUUACGUGCAAGAAGCAUGCACGCGCAGGUGUACAGCGCGGGUUCAAUCUGCGUCCUCCACCACAGUCGACAACCUCCGAACCGGAUCACCAGGCAGCAGAGGUUGAGGACCUGCUCGAUAGUGCGACAUUCCCACCCAAGUAUGUUUUCGGCAAGGACGAGACUGGAGCCUUACACUUCCUUGAAAACCAUGUGGUGUGGGACGUUCUUCUGAAUACCGUGAGAGAGCUCAAGCUCUACGAGUACGUCACAAGCCUCAAGAGCCUUUUUUGCACGUCUGCCGCUGCUGUCAAGUGUGCUUUACGGGAACUUAGGACCGGGAAAUUGGUUGAGAUUCCAUUUUCUGGUAUAGAAUUUAAAUCACUACAUGACUCGCUCGAAGAUUACAUUGACAAAGUCAUCGCUCUCGACCCAGUUUUGUUAAAGCGAUGGGAGGCCUACAAUACGCUUACUUUUCUUAGGCUGCGCCAAUUAUGCUGUUGA